CUCUUCCCCCUCCUUCUUCUUCUUCUUCUUCUUCUUCUUCUUCUCCUACUACCAUAAUGUACAGUACAUCCUUUCUCCAUCCUAGCAGCAGCUGAAGUCGUCGCCACCACCUAGCAGGCAGCAGCAGCCGACGUCUUCGCCGCCCGCAAUAGCCAGCUACAUCCUUCGUCGUGGACCGCUUCUGUCGUCACUACCUCGUUUCUCCUUUUCUAAUUCCGAUGAAGUACAUGAAGCCAUUAAACUUGUUCCAAGAAUUGGUAAAGUCACGGGGUCGUUUGCUUGGUUUGGAUGUGGGCAAUAAGUAUGUUGGUUUAGCUGUCUCAGAUGUACAAAAUAAAUUAGCAUCACCACUGAGUGUGUUGAUUCGCAAAAAAUCAAAUAUUGACUUGAUGACCACUGAUUUCCAGUCUCUUAUCUCUGAGCUUUCCUUGAAGGGAUUCAUUUUUGGCUACCCUUUUGAUCGACAACGAAACAAUCCAGAUGCUGUGCAAGUUAAACUUCUGAUUGAUGAUCUUUGUGAAACUGGAAAACUUGUUGACCUAAAAUACACGUUUUGGGAUGAAAGCUUCUCAUCCAAGAGUGUAGAAAUGUUACUGAAGCCUUUAAAUUUGCAUCCGGUUCAGUCGAAGACUAUAGUGGACAAAUUUGCUGCUGUUGAAAUACUCCAGCAGGGGUACUUGGAUUAUGUCAAUAGAAAUGAGAAGAUGAAGUUAUCAGCUAGAAGUGAUGCAACAAAGGAUAGUGAAGAGGCAACUGAUGAAGAUGGAAUUAAACCUUCAGUUGCAUGAAUGUAUUUCAUUUAGCCUGUAGAUUGCAGCAUAGAAAUGAAUGAAGAAAGAAUUGAUGUUAUUCACUUAUUCAAGCAAAAAGGGGAAACAAAAGCAUUAAAUAUUA